UUAGAUUAUCGGUUUGUCAUGUUAACCACAUUGAUAAAACUGAACACACAAAUCCCUCAAAAUUAUUUAUGUCUGAUUUCUCUGCAUCCGCUCCUUAUCAAAUUGACUGAUAUGCCCAAAUAUUUUGCGUGGUUAUGAACGUUUUGCCGUUAUUUCGUCUCGGACAAGGUGCGCGACAGGAUGUACAAAUAAUUUUUGCAGUUUAAGUUGAUUAAUACGAAAAUAAUUUUGAAGUCAUGGAUCCCUUACUACAUUACGAGGAGAAGUAUUAUGCUCUGCAAAGUGGCCUGAAUCAGGUCAUCGCGUCCGAAGAAGUUGGACCCAGUUAUAUUAGCGAAUCAAAAAAGAUGCGAGCACUAAUUAGCUGCGUAAUUGGUGAAGUGUCAAAGUUAGUGGUGGACGUGGGAUUGCUACAGGUUGACAUUCUAACGAACGAAGCAUAUUAUGGGAGUCAAGAUGUGCAAGCCCAAGCAGGAGCGUAUAAUCUGAGGGCUAUUCAAGCUGGAAAGGAGUCUUUGUUAAGCCAGAAGGUGGCCUCACUAAUUCGUGACCUCACAAACUUCGUCUCCCACAUGAAAAACGCGAUUGACAAGACCAAAGAAUUAAGCUAUCAACUAUACGCCUUAUUUAACGAGUGGAAGGACGAGCAGCGUCUGGCAGGUAAUGGAUUUCAAAUCGGCUACAAUUUUGACCGGAUUUGUGGCCUUGGACAAACCUACAAUUUAUGUCUGGAGCAACUUAUUGACCAGUUGGAGGACAAAGACAAGAUUGAACAGUGCUUAUUACAAUGUGGAGAACCCAACACGGGGGAUGUUGCACAAAUUUGGAAUGAAUUCAGAGAUGAGCUAAACCAACUUCGGCUGGAAUCCGCAAGGUUCGAGGUGACCAAACAACCCCCACAAAUCCUUCGACUAGGAUCCACCCUUAAGCAGUCUAUUGAUCUACGCUUCGUCUUCGGAAGUGGGCUGACACUAACAAAAGGUUAUCUCGAGGUCGAAGCCAUCCUACUAGACGAGCCCGAAGUUACGGCGGGAACUUGGAAGGACGAGUUUUGGCGGCAACCUCAUAUUCCCGCAUCUUACACGAAAUUAGUCCACGAUAAGGCCAAAGUCACGCAAUGGAAUAAUGGCAUAUUUUCCGUUACACUUUCCAACAUCGAGAUACCCGACAAGAGGAAAAAAGUGAACGAAAAGAGGUGCUCGGCUAGUGCGAAAUAUUGCUUCGCAUUUUGCGCAACCUUGAAUCCUCCUGACAGCGAACCAAUACGGACCUGGACAAUAUCUGUCCCCUUUGCGCUGACUAUUCACCCAAACCAGGACGCCAACGGGUGGGCAACAAUUCUUUGGUACAACGCGUUCGCCCUUCCGAAUCGGACCGCUUUCCAAGUCAUUCUAGAAGUCGAUGUACACUAUUUCUUACAAAUUUUGAGCAACAUCUUUCUGAAGGAAACUGGCCGUGGAUUUUCCGACUCACAGAAAAAGUUUCUGAAACUAAAGUUGAUGGGACAUUCCAAGGGUCCCCUCACGUGGUAUAUGUUUGCCAAAGACAAGCUUAAUUGUUCAAUGUCCACCAAGAAACGAAAAGGAAACAGCAACAGCGGCGAAAAAGAGACCAAGAUAACCUUUAACGUCUGGCUGUUCAAGAUUAUGACGAUGCUGUCCUCCACAACGGACCAGGAGAAUGAGCCGCCCUCACCGAUGGAUAGCGAUAGCAGCAAUAGUUCAGGCCCAAAUAAGCGAAAGAAGCAGAGGAAAUCCCCGCCAAGGAGGACCGCUACCAUGCAUGAGAAGAAUGCUAUAGCCCAUUAUUGGAGGGAGGGAUUGUUUGAAGGCUUCGUGACCAAGGAGGACUUACAUGCUGCGUUGAAAGUUGAGAGCCCGGGAACUUUUGUCCUCUACUUCUCGGAAGCUAUUUAUGGCGGGAUUACUGUUGCUUGGUUUAACAAUAGAGUCAAUGAAAUCAACAAGUUCGUCCCGUACAUGAAGACUGAUUUAGAUGAUAAUCCAAUCGAAGAAAGACUACUGUCAGCCCCACAUUUGCACUUUUUAUAUCCCAAGAUUCCAAAGGAACAGGUUUUCCUUGUUGACAAAAAGGCGCCAGGUCUGUACGGCUACAUUCUCAAUCUGGUGGGGUACAUUAGGGAGGGGAACUGGUAGACAUUACCUCAUAGGAAAUUAUGGAGAGCUAUUGUUUAAUUCAAUUUAAUUCACCAGAUUCCCAGUUCAGUACUGAUUUGCACAAGUAGUGUUAAAUAUGUAAAUAUGUACAUAAAUGCAUAUCAUGCACGAUUUUUGAAAUGAGCAUAUUUAUGUAUUCUUGUGUGAAACAAGAAUUCUCAAAUUGUUGCGAAAAAAACAACCUAUUUAUGCACAUAUACAGGAAUAUACUCGUAGUUUAGUACAUUUGGAUAAGUUUAGUGUGACAAAAUUGUGUACCAAAUACUGUGUAUAAACCUACUUUUAUUUCCAUUUGGUGUUGGGUUUCGAAAAAUCGAGCAUAGUCUAAAAUUUGACAAAUGAAAUACUAAUGAAACAUUCUGUCGCCAUUCCUCGAAGAAAUUUAGUGAAAACAGGCAAGCAUACAGUGGGCUCUUGUAAUUUUGGGGGAAUUUAUUUGAGUGCAUAUAUUACUCCUUGUGUAUGUUUGCAAUGAAAAAUUCUGUAGUUGAGAUAUGUAUACUUAUUUAGAAAAGAACAUUGAAAUCUUUACAGGUUAAUAAAUUUUAUACUUUAUAAAUGGACAAG